AUGCCUCUCGCCGCUCCUGCACCUUCUAACAAGAGGAAGAAGGCCAUCAAGAUCAUCACUGACCUGUCUAGCGUCAGCCAGAACGAUGAUACGUCUGACCCCGAGGCCUCCGAGCUCGACCUGGGCACCAAGAUCAAAACGCCAAAGGACACCAUGCUGGAGGAGCUCUCCCUGAACACGAACAAGGGCUCCAAGAUGUUCAAAAUGAGGCAGCAGAGAGUGGAGAAGUUCAUUGUGACCGCCCAGAACAAGCAGAACCUCGAGAACCUGCUCAUGUUCCCUCCCCCUGUUGCACCAAAGCCCGAGAAGGCAAAGGAAGAAGUGGUGGAGGACACGAUGGCGGAGAACGAGAAGAGGAGGAAGGAGUAUGCACCCACCUACAUUUCUCCAUGGGAACGGGCCAUGAAGGGCAACGAGGAGCUGACAGCCACCAUGAAGGCCACCAUGCCGGGACCCAUCCAGAUGCACAGUGAGCUGCCUCUGUACAAGAGCUUCAACAGGACGGCGCUGCCAUUCGGCGGCUACGACAAGGUGCCCAAGAAGUUGACCUUCGAGUUCCAAGAGCUCAACGGUGACUCCGAGGAGCCGGAGUCCAUGCCCAGCAUGCAGGCCAACAUCGGCUCACGGCCCUCAUUCAACCGCACGCCCAUCGGCUGGGUCUGCAGUGAGGACAACCCGAACAUCCACAUGGACCUGGACAGCAUCCCCUUCGACGGGGAGACGGACGACCUGUGA